CCGAGUGCACGCUGACACACACACACAGACACAUGCAGGACACAUAGGAGGGAGAGGGUGUGUGUUUGUGUGAGCAAGAAGAAGUGGGAGAUCAAAUCCAACAGGCAAAAGCAGACAGAAACAGCCAGACAAAGAGCAAGACACAGCGCCAACAGUUUGAGUAAUUUUUACAGGCAGUUCAGGGCCCACAGUGAAGAAACUGCAAGGACCGAAUCAUGGAGUAAUGGGACUUGACUGACAGGACAACAAAGUGGUCCACCUGUUUGCCACUGAGGGCUAUUGUCGGAAGAUUGAUCUCUGAAUGUGACUUACAGAAGAAAGCUUUUCGGACGCUUCACUUUGAACUUUUGAUACACUGGACAGCUUGGUGAUUGAAGAGCAAGCAAGUGGAAACCCAAGAUUUCUGAGGACGUACACUACAGCCUUAACAGUGGGCGCCAGGCAACCAAGGAAAGGGUGAGGUCCGUGACGAGGGAGAGAAAGAAGUAGGCCACAAGGACGCCAAGGCGGAGAACGGGACGUCGAGAAUCUCACCAAGAAAAACAGCUGUUUCUGGGAAAGAACACACACCAUGGAUCCUCAUGGAGGACACUACCUCAACAAAGAUGCUGUGUUGUCGCCUUUAGGUGCAGCCCGAAUGUGCCAGCUGUUACUUGGCUGCACCAUAAUGGCCCUUGUGUCCCACAGUGCAGGCUACAGUGCCACCUACGGAACCUUCUGCAUGUUUGUGUGGUGCUUCUGCUUUGCCGUGACGCUGGUCGUCUUCACGUUGGACAUUACGCGGCUUUACACGUGCAUGCCCAUUUCCUGGGAUAACUUCACCGUGGCCUUUGCCAUGCUGGCGACCCUCAUGUACAUCACCGCCUCUGUGGUCUACCCCGUUUACUUCCUCCAGACGGAGUGCCCCGAUGAUAGCUGUGAGGUCCAAAUGUACCGUAUUGCUGUCACCGUCUGCUCCUGCGUCUGCUGUUUCCCUUACGGAACUGAGGUGUUCCUAACUCGAGCCAAACCGGGGGCUGUGGUGGGUUAUAUGGCCACUGUGUCUGGUCUACUCAAGGUGGUCCAGGGUUUUGUGGCCUGCAUCAUUUUUGGGGCCCUGGCCAAUGACAGUGAGUACAACCUCUACAUUGCUACCCAGUACUGUGUAGUGGUGUACAGCCUCUGCUUCUCUGUGACCGUCAUCGUGGUCAUACUGACAGUUUCUGGAAGGACCUCUGCCCUGCGGUUCCCCUUUGACCGGUUUGUAGUUGUCUACACCUUCUUUGCUGUGAUCCUCUACCUCAGUACUGCACUGAUCUGGCCCAUCUUCAGCUUUGAUAAGAAAUACGGCACCACUACUCGUCCUGAAGACUGCCCACGUGGAGAAUGUCCCUGGGACAGUAAGCUGGUGGUGGCAGUGUUCACCAAUGUCAACCUAAUCUUAUAUUUUAUUGAUCUGGUUUACUCCCAGAGGAUUCGCUUCGUCUCCAGUUCUGCUGUCUGAAAACUGUUACCCCCUCAGGGCUAUUGAGCCUCAGACACUAAUGAAGAAGGUUUGAGCAUUCAAAAUGCCCUCCACAGUCAGGUCUCUGUGAAGGACUCAUUCCCUUGAAUCCAUGAAUUUAUGGUGUUAUGUAUGUCUAACAAUUUUUACUAUCAGUAUUCAGUAUUAUUUUCGUAUUAAGCCUCUCUGCUAGGUAGCAAAACUGACAGUAUUACCCAUGAUACAGCUACAAAACUUGAAAAAAGGCUUUUCUCCAGUUCUACAGUGACCUACCGGGAAGAGAAUGCCAGGUGCACUAUUGAGCUGAUUUCAGCAGCUUUGUCCACAGAGGACUCUGGGAUAAAAAAAAAAAAAAAGUCCAUCUCAGCACCAAAUACAUCCCUCCUCUCCAAGUGCCUUUGGUCGUCUCAAACAAGACGGACCAAUACGAGUGUGUGAUAAUGUUUAGACUAUCAGAGCAGUGCCAUGUCAGAUAGACACCCUCAGUCUUACAAAGACUUUAGCCAUUUACUUAAUUGUAUUUAAAUGCUAAAUAGGAUGAAAAUAUGCAUAGUAUAUGUUAUAUUUACAGUAUGCACUGAAUGUAGCUUCUGGUUUUGACUUUAUAGCCAUUUUGGUGUGUUGUAAUCAUAUUCCUCAAAUAUGUAAGGUCACAUGUUCUCGCUUAUUAGGCCUCUCCUGCUAAUCGCUGAAUGUUAAAUGUAUCUGAUACAUGAACGUUUUUUUGAAGGCAAAAUUUUGACAACAGUAUCAAUUUUAUUAUUUUGGAUAAGGACAAUCAUGCAGUGUGGUACUUCUUUUGCUAUGUUUCUGAUAUGUUCCAUGUUUAUUAAAAUAUCAAGUCCUAAGUUU